GCCAUGGGCUUGCUUAAAACCCGAAAUGCGACCGUAGAAAUGGAAAGAAAGACACCAAAAUCCCAGUUUUAUCCACAUUUUUAGAAACUGAAAGUAGCUGAGUAAUAGUGUUACCAAGAUCGAACUACUUUCCUUACUCGGAUGAUGCAUGGCGUCCCCUCACAUUAAUUUGUCUCUCCGAUGCCUUCCCUCUACGCCCCGUUUCGCCCCUAAAUCACACUUUCUAAACCCUAAUUCUAAUUACAACACUAAAUCUCAUCAUUAUCUCCCUAAUCCCAUCCCAUUUUCCUCCUCUAACUCAGCUCUCCUCCUCAACUCUCAGAAGAUGUCGUUGUUUAGUCCUUCCCGUUGUACUUAUGUAACUGUGAAGUCUCACGUUCCUGCCGCCGCGGCUACCCAAGAGAAGCCGGUUUCUGGAGAUAGAAUGCUCGUAUAUGUGCCUCCGCAUCCGUUGAUAAAGCACUGGGUUUCAGUUCUUAGAAAUGAGCAAACGCCUUGUCCUAUUUUCAAGAAUGCAUUGGCCGAGUUAGGGAGGCUGCUUAUGUAUGAAGCUUCAAGAGAUUGGCUGCCUACUAUUACUGGGGAGAUUCAGUCGCCGAUGGGUGUUGCAUCAGUUGAAUUCGUUGAUCCAAGGGAGCCUGUUGCGGUCAUUCCGAUCUUGAGAGCUGGUCUUGCUCUUGCAGAACAUGCCUCAUCAAUCUUGCCUGCAACAAAAACCUACCACAUAGGGGUAAGCAGAAAUGAGGAGACACUUCAGCCAUUGAUAUAUCUGAACAAGUUACCUGAGAAGUUCCCCCAGGAUGCUCGAGUAUUUGUGGUAGAUCCUAUGCUUGCAACAGGUGGCACAAUAGUGGCAGCUCUUGAUCUGAUUAAGGAACGUGGGGUUGAGAACAGACAAAUAAAAGUGAUAUCUGCAAUUGCUGCUCCUCCAGCCCUUCAGAAGCUCAGUGAGAAGUUCCCAGGGCUUCAUGUUUACACAGGCAUUAUUGAUCCCACUGUUAACGACAAAGGGUUUAUAGUUCCUGGACUUGGAGAUGCAGGAGAUCGUAGCUUUGGUACAUAAUGUCUUGGAAAAGACGAGGAAUAGAAGAAGGCAGUUUCUAGCCCAUUCAUAAAGAUUAUGAUUCGCAAUUUUGGUGUACUAAGCAUGUUAUCCAUUUGUAAGGCUGGCAGAGUUGUUUACAGGGCCAAGAUCAUUACGGCGAGAAUGCAUCACAAUACAUCAAUUGAUUUUAUGUAAAAACGUAAUAGGUCCGCAAGGUAUGUUUUUUUGUUGUUGUUGUGCUUUGGCAUUUUUAACUCUCGACUAAAGCAUGAAGAAUACUUUAAUUAUUUCAAAAGCUUUCAAGUA